AUGGUGGGCUUAAAUAAGGCCCCCCCCAUAGGUGAGUAUGGGCUGCGCAAUAAGCGCGAGGUCUGGAGGGUGAAAUUCACGCUGGCCAAGAUCCGCAAAGCGGCGCGAGAACUGCUGACCUUGGAUGAGAAGGAUCCAAAGAGGCUGUUUGAGGGUAACGCCCUUCUGCGCCGCCUGGUCCGCAUUGGGGUGCUGGACGAGGGUAAGAUGAAGCUGGAUUACAUCCUGGGGCUGAAGAUCGAGGAUUUCCUGGAGCGGCGCCUGCAGACGCAGGUCUUCAAACUGGGGCUGGCCAAGUCCAUCCACCACGCCAGGGUGCUCAUACGGCAGAGGCACAUCAGGUAUAUGGCCCUAUAUAGCCCUAUAUGGCCAUAUAUAGUCCUAUAUGGCCCUAUAUGGGAUCAGAGCCCUGUAUGGGAUCCUCCAUCCACCACGCCAGGGUGCUCAUACGGCAGAGACAUAUAAGGUAUGGGGGCCUAU